CGAUGGGGAAUGGUACCAGGCUAGUCGGCCGUUGAUCGCGGUACCGCGAGCUACCAGUUCUCUAUCUCUCGUCGCAUCUUUUUCGCGCUCUGUGUUCUGCGGGUUCUCCAUUCGAGCAAUUAUCUUUCGAAGGACGGGGUGGCCAUCCUUGAAAGAUGAGUUGCAACUGUCCAUUGACUCCGUCUGUGGGACCCACAUUGGCCUCGACAUGCGGCGGAACAUCCUUUAUGCUCUUUAUGGGAUUGCUCGAAGUCUUUUUACGGAGCCAGUGCGAUCUCGAAGACCCGUGUAACAGACCUGCAACGAGAGACACUGCCAAUACGAGGUACGACUUUGUGGUGAUCGGUGGCGGUAGCGCGGGUGCGACUGUCGCGGCCAGAUUAUCGGAGGAACCAAGAUUCUCGGUGUUGCUGCUGGAAGCUGGAUUGGAUGAGCCAACUGGUACUCAGAUACCCUCGUUUUUCUUCAAUUUCAUCGGCAGCGAUAUUGACUGGCAGUACUCUACCGAGAGCGAGGAUGCAGCUUGCUUAAACAAAGAGAGCAGAAAAUGUUAUUGGCCUAGAGGGAAAGUUCUCGGUGGCACCAGCGUUAUGAACGGGAUGACGUACAUGAGAGGAUCACGAAAGGAUUACGAUGAUUGGGCCCGGCUGGGUAAUGUCGGGUGGUCUUAUCGCGAUGUCCUUCCAUUCUUUAUAAGAAGCGAGGAUAAUCAGCAAGUGAACAGCAUGGAUUACGGUUUUCACGGUGUCGGUGGACCACUCACGGUCAUGCAGUUCCCCUAUCACCCACCGUUAAGUUUCGCCCUCCUGGAAGCUGGAAAAGAAUUAGGAUACGACACGGUCGAUCUGAAUGGACGGACGCACACAGGAUUCGCCAUUGCACAAACCACGUCGAGAAAUGGCUCGCGACUGUCCACGUCGCGGGCUUUCCUGCGCCCUGCCCGAAAUCGUCCGAAUCUCCACAUAAUGUUAAACUCGACGGUGACGAGAAUUCUGUUCGAUGAGAACAAUAGGGCGGUUGGCGUCGAGUUCGUCCACGACGGGAAGGUCCAACGCGUCUCGGUAGCGAAGGAGGUGGUCGUGAGCGGAGGCGCCGUUAACUCGCCGCAAAUCCUCUUAAACAGCGGCAUAGGACCUCGAGAGGAGCUGAAGGCGGUGGGUGUACCGGUUAUUCGCGAUCUUCCUGGCGUCGGCAAGAAUCUUCACAAUCACGUCGCCUACACGCUGACCUUCACCAUUAAUGAUACCGAUACUACUCCUCUUAAUUGGGCGACCGCCAUGGAAUAUCUACUAUUCAGAGAUGGCCUAAUGUCCGGUACAGGAAUAUCCGAAGUGACGGCGAUGAUAAACACCAAGUACGCAGAUCCGAGGGAGGAUCAUCCCGACGUUCAGCUAAUCUUUGGCGGUUACCUGGCUGAUUGCGCGGAGACAGGUAUGGUGGGCGAGAAGAAGGGGUCGAACCGCAGCAUCUACAUCAUCCCGACGAUUCUGCAUCCGAAGAGCCGCGGUUACCUGCGCUUGCGAAACAACGAUCCUCUCUCGAAGCCGCUGAUCUAUCCCAAAUAUCUGACUCAUCCCGACGACGCGGCCGCACUUGUAGAAGCUAUCAAGUUCAGCAUCAGGUUAUCGGAGAGCCAAGCACUCAAGAGAUACGGUUUCGACCUGGAUCGAACUCCCGUGAAGAAUUGCGAGCAUCUCAAGUUUGGCUGCGACGAUUAUUGGGAAUGUGCAAUUCGUCAUGACACUGCACCCGAAAAUCACCAAGCGGGAUCCUGCAAGAUGGGACCGCCGGACGAUCCUCUCGCCGUGGUCGAUAAUCAGUUGCGUGUCAGAGGAGUGCGGGGAGUGAGGGUGGCAGACACGAGUAUCAUGCCGCAGGUGACGUCUGGUAAUACAAACGCGCCGGCGAUCAUGAUCGGUGAAAGAGCGGCAGACUUUAUCAAGAAAACUUGGACCGAUUGAUUUGAGCCGAUUUGAUCGAGCGAUUUUUACCAUUUUGCAAAAUAUCGUGUUUCCGACAACACAGAUAAAAUUUAAAAAGAUUGUAGAGAAGUUUGAAAAAUAACUUUUCAGAUAUGUUUUUUAUUCGUGCUUUACUCUUUUUUGGGUUUUCGCAUUUUUCGAAUCUGUCGUUAUAGAUGAAAGACAAAUAUACGCUUCAUUUUUCACAUCUAAACAUAGAUUCAUAUUUUUCAGACAAUCUUGAGAAAUUUCAACCAUUGAUUAAUUAGUUUUAAUUAAGAUCUAUUUUUCAAACAAUCUUGUGAAAUUUCAACAAUCGAUUAAUUACUUUUAAUUAGGAUCUUAGAGUAUUACUUAAUAGAAUACAUUUUUGUAUGUAAGUUAUAUGUUAAACAAUCUUUGUCAGAACAAUUUUUUAGUAUAAAAUUAUUUUACCGAUGAGAAAAAUAGUAUUACAGCUUCUUCUAGUUACAGAAUUUGUAAGAUCUUAUUCUAUUUUUGAUAACAAUUUUAAUUUACGCUCAUUUGGUAUACGUUUAAGUUUAUUUCGUGGUAAGUUUUUCACCGGAGAUUAUGUGUAUAUCUUCGUACCAAAUAGAUUUAUUAAUCGCGAUAACUUUUAAUAAGCUGAUUAUCUCGAUCGCAAAUUUCCUCUGCAUUUCCACCGACAAUAAAUAGAAUAAGCGACUUUAAUUGUAAAUAGUACAUUACCGCAGUGUAUUCUUCUACGAAUCACUUCGUAAAAUAAUGUACAAAUAAAGAGUAUUUUAUCGCGA